AACCGACGAGGGACGCUGGAAUUGUUGAAUUUAAACACAGAAAAGUGCAUUUCAGGGUGGAUAUGUAUGAAAAGAAAAAAAGGGGUAAGAAUACGGCAGAAGGUGCAAUUCAGCCCCUCUACGUCCAUUGUUGUGGCACAUCAGCCCCUCUACCUAAAAGUAGAGCAAAUCAGCCCCUCCACUUGACAAAACCCGCAAAUCAGCCCUUCUGCUGACGAUGACCUCAUCAAAUGUCAUCUUUCCGUCCACAUCCUUGUUACUCUAUUACCAGUGCUGAUAUGGCAUUAGGUGGGUGAUGUGGGCAAUUUAAAUUGUAAAAUUACUAAAGAGUCCUCAUCUACUUCCUUUUCUUCCAUUCAUCUUCUCUCUCCUCUUUUACAGUCUCUCUCUUCAUAUUGCAGAUUUACUUCUUUUUUUUAAUAGUUUAAAUUAAAAUUUUCUUUAGAU